CGUCAGCUGUUCGAGCCGGCAGUCAGAUCGAGAAAUAGCAAGAAAGUAGGAGCUAGCUUAGUACAAGCAAAGCACCUCUGGUAUCGAAGCCUAGGCUUCCCCGUUCUCAAUUGUGAUAUUAUUUUCUAAGUGUUAGAAUUUUAAAUUUUAUCAAAGAAGAAAAAUGGAGGUUCUGCCAGUACAAAACAAUCACCCUCACUCGGAAUAUCAAACACAAAACAAAUGGUAUUACGACCCGAGGCCUCAUCUCCAGGAACCCUCCAAUUCGGCAGCUCAUUUCCUCUCGAAGAUGCUGGAACAAGAGAUCAGGUCAGCGAAGAAAACUCACCUCUCCGCCGGCGAAGUACUUCUACCGAACGGACUUCUGCAAAGGGUCAGCGAAGAUGUACUAGCUGCAGCAGAGUCAGAGUGUUGCGGAGUGAGAGGCAUGACUCUCCACCUGCUUUACGAAGGUGAGGAGGACUGCCGCAGAAUGAGCUGUUUAAAAUUGGAUCCAUCAACACCAUCAACCUUCGAAGUCUAUCUGACUUUCAAGCAAGCCAACGCCGGAUGGGGCUUCUUGCCACAAUUUUUAAAGAGAAUAACAAGGGGUGGCACUGUAGUCAUUAGUACGGACUACGAGAUAACGAAAAAGAAGCUGUACCGGCCGGUACAUCGCGAGUGAGAUGACGCCUAGUCGUCGAAAUUCCAGAGACUGAUGGAAAAUGAAAAAGCAUAUUACACAUAAGUACUGUUUUCUUUUUUCUAUUUUUAUAGAUGUAUAAAAUAUGGAAGAAUCAUAUAAGCGCAGCGUGAUCUAGUUUUAGUUUUUCUAAUUGUGUGUGAGGGCUGUUUUCGUUUCCGAUUUUCCAAAAAAAAUUGUUCGAAAUCGUGAAUAUUCACGUUAUCACUUCUCAAAGGAAAAUGGAAGGAAAUGCGUUGGGAAAACAGCCCGUUUAUUUAACAGUAUUCGACUUUUCCAGAGAGUUUGAAACUCUCCAGAAAAGAUGUUCGUACGAGCGAUGGUCCACACGGUCCAAAAGGAUUCGAUUCAACGAGUCCGUGAAUUUUUUACGUGAUAUGAAUUUUGUAUUAAAAUAAUGCAUAUUGAUAUAUAACAUGUACCUGUACUUAAGAUAUAUCGUCGUUUUAAAUUUAUCGAUAAAAAAGAAUUUAAAGUUUUUUUUUCAUUUUCGUGUCAUAUUUUGAGGGAGAAUCUUCAUUUUUUUGUUUCGUCAUAAUAACUUUACUAAAGUAUAUUUUUUCGUUUAUUAAAAUUUCUUCAUUUUAACCCAUUCAUUUUUAUACGAUCUCUCCUCGAACAUAUGUGUUUUUUAAAAAAUAUAAUUUUUUUCUUGUGAUAUUUUAGUAUGUAGACUACGUAGACGUAAAAAUGUAUCUGUGAAAAAAGUCGAAAAAAAAAGUAUAAAAAUGUUUUAACAUACAUGUUGGUACAAACAAAUCGAAAAAAUUUCAUGUGUGUUAAUUAAAAGAAAAAAUAUAAUGCGAGGCUAUAUUAUAUAUUGUCUAUAUUUAGAGAGUAAGAGUAUUUAUAAGUUUUUUAUAUUUGAUGAAUUUUGUAGUUUGAUAGAAUUUAUCUAUAGCUAUGUGUGAUAUAAUCAAUAGAAGGGCAGGCUUAGUCCUGCACAUUAUCUCAUGCUUCAUAGAAUUUAUUAAGGACAGUAAUAAAAAACAUGUUUUUUUACAUAUGGCUUUCUUUUCCACCACCCCUAUAAUACUGACCUAUACUCCAGUUUAAAACAGUUACUCAGAAACUUGAAACAUGUUGAAUGAAAAUAAAUAUCAAUGUUGAUCUGGAAGUAGUUGAUAAAUAUAAUUAAUGAUCACGACUUUAAUCUUUGAAAUAUAUUGUUAGAUGUUUCCAUUGAUUGGUGUGUAAGUUUUGAAACUUGGUAAAAUUAAGUUGCGAUUUUCCAAAAAAAAAUGUUCGAAAUCGUGAGUAUUCACGAUAUCACUUCUCAAGGGAAAAUGGAAAGAAAUGCGUUGGGAAAACAGCCCGUUUAUUUAACAGUAUUCGACUUUUCCAGAGAGUUUGAAACUCUCCAGAAAAGAUGUUCGUACGAGCGAUGGUCCACACGGUCCAAAAGGAUUCGAUUCAACGAGUCCGUGAAUUUUUUACGUGAUAUGAAUUUUGUAUUAAAAUAAUGCAUAUUGAUAUAUAACAUGUACCUGUACUUAAGAUAUAUCGUCGUUUUAAAUUUAUCGAUAAAAAAGAAUUUAAAGUUUUUUUUCAUUUUCGUGUCAUAUUUUUGAGGGGAGAAUCUUCAUUUUUUUUGUUUCGUCAUAAUAACUUUACUAAAGUAUAUUUUUUCGUUUAUUAAAAUUUCUUCAUUUUAACCCAUUCAUUUUUAUACGAUCUCUCCUCGAACAUAUGUGUUUUUUAAAAAAUAUAAUUUUUUUCUUGUGAUAUUUUAGUAUGUAGACUAUGUAGACGUAAAAAUGUAUCUGUGAAAAAAGUCG